GUGUCCGUAGCGAACGUACGGAGCGCUCACAGUGAACUGAACAUUGGUGGACGUAUUUACUGGUUGUGAUUAAAUAUAUCGAGCUAUUCAAUUUGUGGAGAUAACCGACACAAAUCAAAAUGAUGGCUACAGGCCGAACGAUACUCGUGAUGACGUCACUAGCAAGCCUUGUCGUCUGCUCACCUCUUCACAAAGAACCUGUGAAACGGGAAACAGCGAGAUCGCACGUAGUAGAAGCACCAUCACAAUUAGAUGCUUCAAAUCAUCAAGGUCAAUCGAAGCAUCAUUCGGUCCAACCAAAUCUUCACAAGGAUCAACAUUCUCAAAGUUUGGAUCAACCUCAGGUUCACCAUUUGGUUCAACAUUCUCAGAAGCAUCAAUUUUCUUAUUUGGACCGUCCUUCUCAAGAAGACCCAACCCUGAAUGACAAAAACGGCAAUGAAGUACACCCGGAAAAGAAAGGCAGAAAGGUCUCGAAGAAAGGGAGAAAAUCCAAUGAAGAUCUUCUACACCACGUGGGCAUGACGAAACUUCGCUCCCCAUCUGUCAAUCAUCACCGGAAGAGGUUGGCGAGUCAGUCCAGAAAGACACACAGCCAGAAGAGUUCAAGUGAUUCCAAAAUGUUCGUCAUCAAGCUGCCCCCCAACCCUUACUACUACGCGCAUCACAACCUCAAGGGCUACGACGUUGUGGAGCCUCAGCACAAUUCUGUAAACAAGGUUCCUGUCAACUUCAACACGAACGGCAAGCCCUCCCGGGUCUAUCACUGGAACAUCCCGGUGUUGAAGAAGAUGGUCGCGCGGAAAGCCGGGAGUGCGGGAAAGUCCGCCAUUUUGGCUGACAGCGACAUCUUCAACAUCGACAAACAAGCUACAUGGAACGAGACGGACGAUGAGAAAACGCUUUACAGAAAAGCAGUAUUUUACGGGCCUAAGAAGCAAUCCAAGCACACUUUCAGGAAGUACUACGCCGGAAAUGGAAAACCCCAUUCGUUCUAUGUAAUGGAGAAGAAUAAGUCACCCUCUUCCAUCUACAGGCUACUGCCCUAACUGUCUUAAAAAGAUUUGUACAUAGUUGUUUUAUUGGAAAGCUUUUGCGGUUUUGAUUGCUUUCAAUCGAAAUUGUCGAAGUUAGGAGAUGUUUCUCUAGUGACUUUCAUGGUAGAUAUUUAUAAAUCAAUGACUAAUUUAUCUGCUCUGAGGCUUAAGACCAUUCUUAAGCUAUGCUGCAGCAGGGAGUGUUUUUAGUCCAAGUUUGUAACUAAAAUUACACCUAAAACUGAAUACGUUCGGUGAUAAUUUUAUAGAAGUACUCCUUUUAGACACUAAAUCAAAACGCCCAACCACCAACAAACCUUAAAAAAUACAAAAUACCUCAAAUGUGAUAUACAUUUUUGCGAUUUUUUCCUUGUAGAUUCUUAGUGGAACAACCACUUUACCAGCAGAGUUUCAUUUAUUAUUUAGCGCCCUAUUCAUUUUGUAGCCAUCCUGCAGUCCCGAGGUAACUGUGUGAAGAUGUAAUUAACGUAAAUCAUUUGGUCAGCAGGGAGCAAGACCCAAACCCCAAGCCCACCAUUUUGACUCGCGCCUAAAAUUAAUUUGACUUUUUGCUAGGGUUAUAAUUGAUCGUCGCUCCCCUUUAAAAGUUGUUUAUCUUAUACAUAUUUUUAAAUAACAUUUCAACUCUUCUUUGGUACAUUAAUAUUUCAAAAAUUGCACAUUCAAGUCAUAACAUCUCAAAAAUACAUUUCGUUGUUCUAGGAAGUGUUAGUGUUCAACAAUGUGUGGUCUAAGACAUAAAAUAUAGGAGGGGGAGCGUUUAGAAAAACCACAAACCGCUUUUGCAAGAUAGGCGAGAUUUGUGGUGAGUCGGAAAUUAAAUUCACACGAGUAUUGGAGUUGCUCAUUCGAAAAAAACGAGUUGUACGAAGCUACUGGAACCAACCAGAAUACUUCGAACAUUAAUACUCGUAAAAUUAGUUCCAUUCCAACUACGUUUAGUAUUUUCAAUUUAUUUAUUGAAGCUUUGUGCGUUACAAUCUGUUUAGUCAGGGUUGAUUUUUGUGAAGUUAAAUCACCUGUAACCUUUUAAUUUUAUAAGAUUCAAUACCAAUGUUAUUUAGUACCUUUCAGUUUCUUUAACACUUUGUAAGUCCCACACCGCUUUAGGGAUUAAAAUAAGUUCAUAAUAAAUAUACAUCAAAAUUAUUGAGCGAAAAAUAAUAAUUUUAAAAAGUGAUUAAUAAAUUUAAAGUCACAGUUAUUUUUAGUUGAGGUUUA